CUGAGGCCAGGGGUCAUUUAAGGACAGCGACUUCAUUUAGUGAUAUUAUCAAUAACUAAUUGUUUUCCAUUUGAGACGUCAUAAAAGGAAAAUAACGCCCCAAGGUGUGUUUACAAAACGUUGGGACUGAAAAGGCGAGUCGGAGAUGUCCUCGUACCAUUGGGAGGCCCAGAGAAAACAGAAGAUGUUGGACAAGCGGUGUUUCCCGGCCAAGGGCGAAGGGGGGUCCGAGGUGUCCUCCGUCCGGGAGGGUGGCUCCGCUCAAUCCAGCCAGGCGUCAUCACCAUGUAGUAGUGGUGGGUCCUCUGUCAUGACCGACAGCGCAGUGUCAACCCCACCCCCCUCUCCCACACCGCCGGAAACCAAGAAAGACGCAAUUCCGCUUGACAAGGAACUGCAAAGGAGGCUGGGAAUGUUGAUGAAGAGGGAAGUACAGCAGCCGAUGAGCAAGAUGGUGAGGAGCAACCUGUUAAAAGAAGUCGACGGCUUCCAUCGUGCGAUGUCCCGACGAUCGGCCAAGCUCCCAGGCCGGUAUACCUCUUUGGACUACGCCCAACAGUGGUGACCUGAGAAACAUUUUCGCGUUUUUUUGCGGUUCUUCAAACUUUGCCAAUUGUCACAAAGUGGUGAUCUUAUGAGAAACUUUUCCGCGGUUCUUUGUUAAUUGUCACGUCACGGCAUGGUGCACGCUGUCCCUGUGCCUUUUGAUAUGUUGUGCGAAUGUUACACUUCAAAGAAUUCUUGAGAUGUUCAACACUCGGAACAAAAUACAUGAUUACAGACUGAUAAAUGCCACCAAACAGUUCGAUGAACUGAAAAAUACUAUAUUGGACGAAUAAAGAAUUUGAAAAGAAACAUCA